UAUCCUCAUUUCUUGAAAAGAGAAGGCAACAUACUUCAAAUAAUGUUGCAGAGGAGGAAACGAUAUAAAAACAGAACAAUUCUUGGCUACAAAACAUUGGCAGUGGGAACUAUCAACAUGGUGGAGGUAUUGCAGCACCCAACAGAAGGAGGCCAAGUUCUGAGCCUUUUUAGCAGUAUCAAAGAAGUUACGAUCAAAAUAGCAGAAAUCUGGAUCUUCUCACUUUCCAGUCAACCAAUAGACCAAGAGGAUAGCACAAUAAGUAUGAACCAGAAAACUAAGUCUACAGACAACUAUUCUGAAGAGGAAUAUGAAAGCUUCUCUUCAGAACAAGAAGCAAGUGAUGAUGCUGUUCAGGGACAGGACCUGGAUGAUGAUGAGUAUGAACUGGGGAAACCAAAGAAGCAGUGGAGAUCGAUAGUAAGAACAACAUCCAUAACCAGGCAACAAAACUUCAAGCAAAAAGUGGUGGCGUUGUUGAGAAGGUUUAAAGUAGCUGAUGAGGUUUUAGAUUCUGAGCAGGAUGUAGCUGAUCAUGUUCCAGAGGUAGAAGAAGAUCUGGACCUUCUCUAUGACACCCUUGAUAUUGACAAUCCUAGUGACAGUGGACCUGACAUGGAAGAUGAUGACAGUGUACUCAGCACUCCUAAACCAAAGUUAAAACCUUAUUUUGAAGGCUUGUCACAUUCAAGCUCUCAGACAGAGGUUGGAAGCCUUCACAGCAUGAAAAGCCAGAGGGAACCACCAAGUCCUGUAGAAAUGCCAGAAGAGAACAAGAAUCUUAGAAGUCAGCAACCAGCAGAUAGCACCUCUGACACUAUGUCUUAUAAAAAUCAACAAGAAGAUAUGGCAGAAACAGAGCAAAUGUCUGCUUUGGAUGUCUUCACUGAAAAGCUUCCACCAUGUGGCCGAAUUACAAAGACAGAGUCUCUGAUAAUUUCUCCCAGCAGCAGACCAGAAGGGAAGCAGGUGGGCCGUAGAGGCAGAAGCACAUCGUUGAAGGAAAGGCAGCCAGUCAAACAGCAGAAUGAAAGGGCCAACAGUCUGGACAAUGAACGGUCUCCAGAUACCAGGCAGCACCUUCAGAUCCCUAGGAAAACUGUAUAUGACCAGUUGAAUCACAUCUUGAUCUCGGAUGACCAACUACCAGAAAAUAUCAUUUUAGUCAAUACAUCUGACUGGCAAGGACAGUUUCUUUCAGAUGUGUUGCAAAAACAUGCCCUUCCAAUAGUUUGCACAUGUUCGUCUGCCGAUAUUCAGGCAGCAUUUAGCACCAUUGUGUCCAGAAUACAGAGAUACUGUAACUGCAAUUCUCAGCCUCCCAAUCCGAUUAAAAUUGCAGUUGCUGGAGCUCAGAAUUACCUCAGUGCUGUAUUGAGGCUCUUUGUAGAACAGUUGUCUCGCCGAACCCCAGACUGGCUCAGUUACAUGAGAUUUCUCAUCAUACCAUUAGGUUGUCAUCCAGUAGCAAAGUAUUUGGGUUCAGUUGAUUAUCGAUACAACAACUUCUUCCAAGAUAUAUCCUGGAGAGAUUUAUUUAAUAAACUUGAAGCACAAAAUGCUGCCCAGGACUUGCCUGAUAUUGUCUCCAGAAUAACCCAGUACAUAGUUGGAGCAAACUGUGCACAUCAGUUACCCAUUGCAGAAGCAAUGUUGACCUACAAACAGAAAAGGAAAAAGAACUUUCAAUUUGAUUUUAAUAUAAGCCCAGAUGAAGAAUCAGCCCAGAAGUUUAUCCCUUUUGUUGGCGUGGUAAAAGUUGGACUAGUUGAACAGGCUUCUGCAACAUCAGGUGACUCAGACGAUGCAGCUCCCAGUAGUUCGAGUGUCCUUUCUUCUACACCACCUUCUGUGUCUCCUGGAAUGAAGGAAACUUCCCCCACCCCACCUUCCUCACCGUCUGUCACAGGCAGUUUUGUUUCCUACAGCCAUGGGCUUGGUACAGAACUGAUGGGGCUUCAGGUAGAUUACUGGAUUGCUCAUCCUACCGAGAAGAAAAAAGACUCAGAGAAGAAGGAUCUCUCUGCUGCCAAAAACACACUGAAAUGCACUUUCCGGUCUCUUCAAGUCAGCCGGCUGCCUCUUAGUGGGGAAGCCAUUUCCACUCCAACUAUGUCCAUGACGAUUGUUACAAAGGAAAAGAACAAAAAAGUGAUGUUUUUACCUAAGAAAGCAAAAGACAAAGAAUUUGAUUCUAAGAGCCAGUGUAUUGAUGGAAUCAGCCGCCUGAUUUGCACAGCAAAGCAUCAACAGAAUAUGUUGCGGGUGCUUAUUGACGGAGUGGAGUGGAACGAUGUGAAGUUCUUCCAGCUAGCAGCACAGUGGUCUUCCCAUGUCAAGCACUUUCCCAUUUGCAUAUUUGGACAUUCAAAAUCCUAAUGUGGUACUAUUCAUAGGACAGUCCUGUGACCCGGUGCCAGCUGUUUGUGUUUUCCUGCAUUUUCUUAUAUAUGUGCUUGGAUAACUGCUCUGUUACUUUUCAGUUUGUUGUUCAGCUGUGGGGAAAGGACAAUACUUGAAAUAGCAGCUAUUUAGUCUUAAUUCUAAAUGCACAUCUAAGAUACUAGCAGGAAUCCAUAACAUAUUUAAAAUCUAAAAGUAAUUAGUGCUUAUUAACUUAGAAACCAAUUGGGCGGGUAGUAGAAUGGGAGGUUCAUUUGGCAGCAAUGUUGGUAAUGUUAUUCAGACUUGGAAAAAUCUCAUUUGGGGAAGAAUCUCUGCUUGCUCUUUUUUCUCCCACCUUUCUACCCCGAUUCUACAAAUGAUAUUCCCAGCCCUGACCUCAGGCUUUUCCUUCAAAAAACACCUUACCUAUCAAAGGCUCCUGAUCUGUCCGUGCUCUUCCCCUCUGCUCUCUGGCAUGAUUAAUUACCAGGAAGAAACUGUCUGCUAGUCCUCAGGCAGUAUAAGUUUGCCAAAAGCUACCAGCACUGCAAAAAGAGGAGGAGAAGAAAGGGUCUCCCUUUUCCCCUUCUUAUUCCCAUCUGGAAUGCCUCCAUUCUGAUUGGUCCAGAUGGGGAAGUUGUGUUGGAAGGGGUGGGGGACAAGAAAGGUCCAGCAUGGGAGGAGUACAAAGAAGGAGUUGAAGUUGAUGCAGAGAGGUGUCUAUUAGUGUCAGCUUGCUUCAUAAAAUGAUGCAAGGUAUUUUUUAUUUUAGAGGAAAUACCAGUUCCUUUUUGAAUUAGUCUAGAGCAGGUAGGACUGAUCUUAUCUAACUUUAUAACUUGGGUCCUAAAAUGGUUGUUAAUCCAUAUAUUUACCUAAAAGUAUAUUUGUUAAACCAUCAUUUCCCCCCCAAAUAGCAGAUUGCUAUAACUGAAUACAAAUCGUCGUUAAUCUGAUUGAUGAAACUCCGCUGUGACUCUGUGCUCUGGCUCUUAUCAGAAGAGUCGGGAUGAAGCAGUAGUUGGAAUGUGUAAGUCACACCUAUUAUCUAGAAAUGUAGCACUGUCUCUGGUGUAUGUCAAUGUCAUCCAGAAUAAGCCCAGUGGGGAAUCCCUUUUUUGUUAGAGAGCUACCACUGGAAUUACCAGCAUGUAGGUUGCACAUUUGAGAUUGGUACCACUAAGCAUUUUGCACUGACUUAAGUUUUCUGUAUAAUGUUGAUCACAACAUGUGAGAUGAUAUUUGUAGUAUUUUGUAAAACUUAUUUUGCCAAAGAAGGGCCAGGGGAGUGGAGCUAGUCCUCAGCUUUGUGAUGUUGUCUCUCAGCAUCAAAUCAAUGUUCAUAAACAUGUAUAUGACAGAAGUAAUGCAGACACUCCAUAUUAUUUCCUUAUCCUCCUUGAAGCAAUUUGGCCAUGUUCCCUCUCUGGAGCAGUCUACAAGGCUCUCCUUAUAUGCUCCAAUAAACUAGGGCGUUUGAAGGAUAUGUCUCAAGUGCCCUUCUACUGUUCACCACUUCCAGGACUACAAAAGCCGUGUAUGUGAAGGUGGUGGUGGGGAACAGUUAUGGAGGCCCAAGUGUGAAGGAAUCUCUUGGCUGGAAAGUUCAUAGCCUAUCCCUUAAAUAAAAUACACUGGGGUGUGUGUGAAUGCUUAUACGAGAGAUGGUACCCAGUCCUGGAGAGCUUUCUCUGAGCCUUUUACUUGCUCAUAAAGAUUCUUAAGUUUGUAUGUGUUUUUUAAAAACAGUCUUGUUAUGUAGCAGUUUCUGUUGGCCAACCAGCCUUUGAGGGUUGAAUUCCACUAAAAAAGAAACCAAGUUGCAAAAGUGUUAGUUGGAGGUCAGUGCUAAUAGAUAGAUAGGGAAAAAAGUUGGUAGGUGAAAACACUCCAACAGAAUUAAUACGUGGUUGGUCCUGUUCUCUUUUGCAUUAGAACAAGAGCAGGUGCUCCAAGUCUAGCCUAAUUGCCUGUUUUGGUUUCUUGCCCAUUAAUACAAAAACAUAGCAAACCAAAAUUGCUGUUAGAGAUGCGUUCAAAGCUACUCUUGUGUAAGUCCCAAGAAAAAGUGGCUCUAUUAUGAUAAAAAGAUCUGUUUUUAAUUUUAAUUCUAUUUAUUUUACCGUCCUUGAUAUGAUUGAUUCCAUUUGUGCUGCUUGUCUGGGAAAAUGACACUACUGUACCUUUUUGUCAGAGAGUAUCACUUCCCUUCUCUUUGACAACAAGGUCUAACCUAAAGAAAUCUAUCUUGCUGCUUUAGGAUAACUGCCGGUAAUGUAUUGGAAAGGCAAAAGGCACACAGCCACAUAAUUGUUUCUCAUGGUUUUGAACUGGACAUGCCAGACUCAGAAGGACAUUAAUUGGUUGGCUUCUUCUUCAUUCCUUCUUCACACUAGUCCAAGCAUAAUAAUGAAGGUACAUUUCAUCUUUACUGUCUACUUCACAAAGCCCUGAACUGGUCUGACCAGCAAUGUUUGGGAUGCUGUUUGCCACUGUCAAUUGUGAUUCAAGAUUCUAUCUAUUGUGCAUAUGCAGAAUUUCAAGCAUAUCUGGGUCUUCCAAGUUUUCUAUGACAACUGUUCUAGUAAUUUGGGUCAAGUUUAUUUCAGCUGUAAUUCACAAUAGAAUCUUCUGCAUUCCUGGGAUCAAGCAUUAGAUGUGUUCUGUUCUGAAAGAGUGACAAUGAAUGGUCAUUUAACUGGAAGAAGGAAAUGCUGUUGAUUCUGCCCCUCAACCCAACCCCCAAAUUUAAAAAAACAAAUUCAGGUGCACAGGGCUUUGUCUGCCCAUUUAACAACCAAAUAUAUAGCAGAAUUACUGUGGUGGAAGCAGAAGAUACUGACAUAUCUGCUCCCUUCUGUCUUGUUUUAUGAAGUGUACUAAAGCUGAAUCAAUUAGGAUAUCUAGAAAUGCCAGAGUGUGGGGAAGUGCUUCUUUGCUCCAAACACAGAGAUACUGAUAGAAAUGUUGGCAGCAGUGAACCUUUACAGUUGCCAUUUCUACUGCUGUGGCUGAUUUGAAGGCACCAGAAAAAGACAUUAGAACAGAUAGAACAUGCUGUAUAAAAGAAAAACUGGUUUUAAUCACAGCUGAUGCUGGACUUUGCUCACUUUGCUUAUUUCCAGCUCCAGCUCUUCUGAGUUUUUAAAAUGAUGAUGGAUUUGGCUGUGAAGAAACUGCGUCUACCCUUUCAGGGCUUUUUCAGCAUGAACCAUUUUGUUUACACAAAUACCACUUCUUAGUAGGAAAACAAGGUGGACCAUCACUUGUGAAGAUUUCUGUGUGGUGUGCACUCUUUUUUCCACAUAAAAUGUGUUCCAUGCAAUAAUUUUUUUGUAAUUAAACAAUACAUGGGAUGCUUCUAAUGCAAUACAAAAGAGCCAAUAGAUAACACCCCUAAUAACUGAGCCAACUAGUGAGAGAGGGCUUAGCCUCAUGCAGUGUUUCUCUGGCUCCUAUUGCUACCUUAGAACAGCUCUUCACUUACCCAUCAGAGGAGAACUGGUGGUAUACGUCUUCCUAUUUUAAUUGGCUGUUUCCCUAUUAGUCCUGGCAGGAGGUGAUGGGGUAUCAUUAAAGAAGCAACUAUGGACACUGACAGAUAAACCACAUUUGAGCUAUCAACGAGUCAGUUGAUGUGCAGGCAACAGCGUCUCAUCUUAUGUCCAGCUCUCCCACCAACUUGUUGACCUGUCAGAACAUUCUUGGGUCUCCUGGUGCUAUUAGUUUAACAACACACAAUUCACAACUUUGUCAUCCAUGAAUGAGAUGGGGUGGGUACAGUGUAAAACUGUUCAAACAAUUUAAUAAGUUUAAAUAGUUUAAAGCAUUUUAAAACCAUUAAGAACUCAGAUAGAACAACAUGCACAUACUGGAUCAAAAGUCAAAGGACAGGAUGGCCCUAAACACCAAAUGUUUGGCUGAACAUUUUUAAUCUUGUGCCAAAACAUGUCAGCAACAGUCAAGCCUCCAGGGAAAGGCAUUCCACAGCAAGAGUGCUGCAACUGGGGCAUUAUAUGCAUGAGGAACAUCCCACUUGGAUUACUUCAGUGCAUUAUAUGUGAGGCUAGAUUUGAAGAUGGAUUUGAGUUAAUAUAGAAGAGAGCUACAAACCUGUUCAUUGUUUUGAAUACUUCUGUGUCAAUCGUACUGAUUAGCCAUCAAUUUCCAAGUGCGAUUUGAAGUGUUGGUGCUAAUCUUUAAAGUCCUAAACAGCUUAAAACCAGUUUACUAUUAACACAACCCUGCUCCCAUUUUUCCUGCCCAAUUAUUAAAGUGAAAUUUGGAAGGUUCUUUUCCCUGGACUGCUUGCUGCCCAUAAUGUUGGGAUACAUGGCUACCAGAGUUUCCUCCGUCUCUAGAAUGCUCUUCCAAAUGUAGCUCUCCUGCUGGUUUUGUUGGUAACAUAUAAGCCUUGGGCUAAGCACUUCCAGCAGGCAUUCAAGCCUUGAUUUUUAUGUUUUAUUUUACAAUUUAAGUGCCAUUGCAGAUCCUUAGCAUACUAAUAUUUUAAUGUUUUGAUACUGUUCUGAUUGAUUUGUUUGUUUUUACUGUAGCUUUUAUUGUUCUGUGUUUUUAUAUGUAUAAAACUGCCUGGAGCAUUUCACAGUUGGGCAAAAAUAAUAAAUAAAUGCAUAAAAUA